CCCAGAAGGAUCAGAUGGCGUCCCAACAAAGUUGAAAAGGGUGAUCACCCUGUGUCCCCCAACAGCUGUGUGAGGAUGCUUCUGUUUUGCAUGUGCGUAUUGCCCUUCACCCUGCUAAUGGCGUCCCACCUGGUGAGUGCCACCGUGUCAAAGAGCUUCAGAGACUGCAGCCAAUUUUUCUACAUGCAGACACCGCCUGCAGGGAUCAGAGGAACGAGCCUGAAGUGGGUCUGCCAGAAAUAUGCAGACAAACUGCGCUACGCCACAUUGUAUGACAGCAGUCGCCAUCUCCCCCUCUACUCAGCCUACAUCUUCAAGAAGUCUGAUGGGAAGACGAGGAUGGACACCCCCUGGAUGUAUGAGCCUCAGCUGGCUUCACAUGAUGAGAGUAGUAACAUGAGGGCACUUCCUCUGAGUGAAGACACUCCCCCUCUGAUUGAGGACAGCCAGGCUGUUUUAGAGGACUACACAGAUGCUGUAGGAUACAGACGUGGCCCACUAAAUCCUGACCUGCACCAAGCAGAACCAGAUGACAAGUCUUCCACUUACACCCUGACCAACGUAGUGCCACUAAUCACAGACUUCCUGGAAACCUCUUGGAAGCCAUACUUAGACGCCAUUCGCCGACGUCUCAACAAUUUCUGCCAUGGCAAAUCUUUUGUGGUGACGGGGGUGACUGCGUCAGGCGCUGCCAUCCAGCGUAAUAACAGAGACCGUCUCAUUAUUCCAAAACACUUAUGGCUUGCAUACUGCUGUCCACAGUUUGACCGUAACUCACCUUAUGAAGUGAGGUUUAUGUUUCCUAGUUAUGGGGGCUAUGCACUGAAUGAACAGGCUGGAUAUAGUGUGGAAGAGGUACCGCUAAAGACUCUGGAGAGUUUCCUGAAGAGCCAGACAGACGUAGACAGUGACAUAACUAUUUUCUACAAGGGAUGUGUGGCAGAAAAUCCCCUAAGGAAGAGGAAAGACCUUACAGAUGUUUCAGUGUGAUGGAAUUUGGAUAAUUAGUUAAUCUUACACAUGAAAAACAGUAUUUUGUCAAAAGAUAACUUGCAAUAACUUCCUGUUAGCAGGUUAGCAGCCAAGCUAGUGUUAGCUAACUUUAGCCAGAAAAAAGAUCAGAUUUUCCACAUCAUUUUCUUUGUCCCACCUAUUGUUCUCCUUGGCUUUUGUGUGUGUGUGUGUGUGUGUGUGUUAUGAACUCUACAUCUCUCAAUUUCAGAGUCCAGAUGUUCAAACCAAAUUUAAACCAUGGUGCUGAAAUCCUCUACCUCAUUUUGGAUCUAAGUGACAGAGAAGACAGUUGCCUGUUACUGUACUGUAUGCUGCAAUAUGGCAAUGCUGAACAAUUAAAACGCCAAUGUGCACUCAUGUAUAUAGCAAACUAAAUUUUUCAAAGAAAUUGCUCCAUGGAAAUAAAAGUAUAUCCAUAUACCCGCACUGUAUACACUCUCUAGCACAAGCAGGGUGCUAAAAGUUAGAACGGCGUUAGAAAGGGCGUUUUACAAAGAUGUGAAAAUACCUUUAUAUGGAUUUUAGGCUGUUGUAAUAGCUUGAACACCAUCAGUAUCUCUAACUGAUAUUCUGUCUUAUCUUAGGAUGACCAGUAGAAACAAACCAUCAUGUCA